AUCUUCCUUACCAGUGCAGGCGGUUCGAUGCCGAAAAUGAGCGUGCAGAUUACGGAGAUGGAGAGGCCUCUAUCCAGGGGAAGCGACGGUCCGGUUAGCCCCGGGUGUAGCGAGUCCGGCUCAGAGUCUGACACGGCGAACUGCGGCGAGGCCCCGGCCACCUUGGACCCGAGGUUCCCCCCGUCUAUUCGCGACGCCGUGUCCCGUGUGCUGCAGGGUUACGACUGGUCGCUUGUGCCCAUGCCCACGCGUGUUGCCGGUAACCCGAACGCCAAGCCGCACAUCAAGCGACCCAUGAACGCCUUCAUGGUGUGGGCACAGGCAGCGAGGAAAAAGCUAGCAGAUCAGCACCCUCACCUGCACAACGCCGAACUCAGCAAGACGCUUGGCAGACUGUGGAAACUGUUGUCAGAUCCUGAGAAGCAGCCUUUCAUUGAGGAGGCUGAGAGGCUCCGCCAACAACACAAGAAAGACUACCCUGACUACAAGUACCAGCCAAGGCGCCGCAACAAGAAUAAACCCAGCAAGGGACCCCUGACUUCUGACCCAACCAUCUGCAAGGGCUCUCGCUCCCCUGGUGACACGGGCAGCGAAGAUGGUAGCGAGAGGUAUGCCAUGCACCCAACACCUCAGCAGGCAGGUCCUCCUACCCCACCGACCACACCCAAGGAAGAAGCCGAGCGUCUGAGUGGCCAGCCUCCGCAGAAGCGCAUGAAGUACAUUCAGCAAGGGGAGCGGCAGCACCAGCAGCUACCCGUUGACCUGGCGGGUGUGGAUGUCCGUGACCUGAGCAGCGACAUGAUGGCUAACAUGGAUGGCCUGAUCAACGAAGAUCUAGACCGCUACCUCGUCACUAGCUCUGCCCAAGUCCAACACCCACAGGUUCCACCUCCACACAGUCCUAAGUGCAGCACUUACACAAUGAUGAACGUUUGUCAGAACAUUGCCCGAUCAGAGCAGUGGCUCAGCCGGCAGGGUGCCUCUCAAAUCCCAGUCUCCAGUGAGUUGAAGCUUGAAGACGAGAUGCUAUCGCCAGAACAUCACUACACUGCAUCGCCUACCUCCAACCAGGUCCAGCCAUAUGACUACAGCAUGCAGCAUCAGUAUGCGGCCGAGUAUCCCACCAUGGCAGGCCAGUCCUAUGACUAUCCUCAGCAGCCUUCACAAGCUCACCAGGCGCAGUUAGGUUACUACACCAACAACCCAAACAGUCCUUCAGCAGCAUCCACACUACCUGCAUCCUACCAGUACCCUCAGCAGCAGACCUCACCAAAUCACACCUCCUAUAGCCUCCUUGAAAGUGCUCAACCUGUCCUCUCUGAGUCGCGCACAUGGGAGGCCUACCAACAAAACCACGCCAGGUCCUGGGAGGACCAGACAGUACGCUCUGCUGAGAAAUCAUGUAAAAGAAGUCCCAUCAACUAACUCUGAUGUGCAGGAAGGUCAAUCAACUAACUUAUUCAAGAAGCAUAUCAACUACAUUCUGCCAUGUUUACUUGAAGAACUGAUGUACAUAAGACACUUUAUUUAAACAUGCUGUGCAUGUCCAACUAUUUCCUUUUCUGAACAUUUCCCAUUAUUUACCAUGUUGUAAAAGAAUGUCUUGUAAUGUACAAAGCUGCCAUGUAAAUAGUUUUCCUUUUUAAAGGGUUACCCCAGCUGGGUUUACCAUGGUAAGGUAGGGGUAAACUGGUUCAGUUCCACAGGCGUUUUCCCCCUACUUUUGGCAGCUGGUGGUUUUUAUUGCUUCUGAAUCACAGACACAAAUCUUGAGCAGAGAUGAUGCACAGAUGCCUCAUAGCAUUUAGCAACUGAAAGGUUUAUGAUGCUGUCAUAUUCAUGGGUGCUUUCAAAGAAGCUUGUUGCGAGUUUGAACUAAAAUGUCCUUACUCUUGCAGCAAUGCAUCCUUUGUAUUGUACAAUUGAAAUUAUGUAAUGACCAGCAAGAACCAUGGUUUCUUGUUACCCUCGUUUAUUUCGAUAUGAUUUUCCACAUUGUCGAAACAUGUCACUUUAACUCCAACUACAAAUAUGUAAUUGUCACAACAAAUAGAAAUGUCUUCCUUUUCCUUGGACCAAACAGGCCUUGAGUAUUGACUGUAACAGGCAUUUUUCACUUUUGAUAAAAAAAAUUAUGUUUUGACUUUAAAACUUUUGCUAGGUCAUACCCAUUUUAACAACUGUCUUCCUUAAAUGUUUUUUUUUUCUUCGUCUGAUGUUAUGGCAUUGGAAAUCUUACAAAAAUUCCAUUUCUAAGGAGUUCACAAUAUCUCUGUGUUAUUAAUAGACUAGCAAUUCAUGAAACCUUUGAAUCAAUUAUAAGCCGCUUCCAUUUUCCAUAGUAAGCAUAACACAGCAGAAAUUGAAUAUUUUCAUUCUAUAUUUUGAUGGGAAGGAAACUUUGUGUGUUUUUUAUAUCACAGAUUGUAUAUUUUUAAAGAUGUUUUGAUACUUUUUUGAUAUUUACAGAAAACUGAGUGGUUGAGGAUUAAGCCCACAUGCAUGUACAAAGUAACAAAAAGUACGAUUUUUUUUUAUAGGAAAAGAGCUAUUUUGAAAUGGUGGAUGUGUUGUCUUAAGUUUUUAGUCAUUGUAAAUAGCUGAAGGUGGGCCAAUUAAAAUUUAAUUAUUGUACUUGUAUGUUUUUCGUACGAGGGAUACUGUUUCUUUGAGAAAGUUGCUAGGUUUGAUCUCAAACUCUCUGAGGUGACGCUCUUUGAUCAUCUCAAAAAUAUUAUGAAAUUCCAUUUUAGAGUAGUUGUCUGGAUUUUUCAAAAGACUAUACUCUUUCUUUUUGGUAAACUGCAAUUUGUUCAGUCUGGGACCACACAUACACACCGAAUCAGAGUCUCAUAGAAGCACAGGCCCCAAAAGUAACACUGAACACAUGUUCCCUCUUACCAGGAGCAAUAAAUUGUUCUUGUGGGGAUGUCUCCAUCAUAAUUCUGGGUGGAGUGUUUGCCCCAGCUCAUCCAUUAAAAAUUAAGUUUGAUGGACCAGUGGGGAUUUGAAACACCCAAAAGGCAUCCCACCACAAGCUUGUAAAGGGUCAUUAGACUGGUCCCAAUGAAAGUGUGGGGGAUUUUUGUUUAUUUUGAUUUUAUGGGAGGUGUCUGUUGUUAAUGGGCCUGGUUAUUGUCCUACCAAACAUCAAAAUAAAUUAGUCUUGACAUCUGACCCCUGUCCAUAUUUGACCCAGUGGCAACUUCUGGGUUCAGGAUAUCACUGUAAAUCCUUUUGCUGGGAAGGAUUUGGUUUUAAAAUAGGAUUCCUAAUAAAAAUAAUAAUAAUAGGGGAAUUUUUUUUUUUAUAGUUCUUUGGAUUCGAACAAUCCAAUCAAUCUAAAUAUCUUUAUUUUCUUUUGUAAAUUACUAAAAGCUCUGUUUUUUUAUUUAACAUUCCCAUUUUUGUUAAUUUAUAAAACAUGUAUUUAUGUCUGUCAGGACACUGUGUCUUACAUUUUUGCUGAAAGUAUUAAAACAAUGGAAAAGAA